AUGCCCCAGGCAGCUGCAAUUUCCUUGCUCCUCGUCCUAAUCUGUUGCUGUUCCUACAGCUACCAGGGAACGUGUGAAGAUGGUGCGAUCGAGUACCCUGUGGAUUUGGGACUGUUGGACUUUGGAGCGGCGUACACCAUCAUUACAGACGUGGUACCCGAAGAACGCAGGUUGAAGAUCUGGAAGACUGAAGACAUCAGAGCGAAUACAAUCCACAUGGCAUGGCAAAUCCCGCUGUACGUGCUGAUGGCUGCUGGAGAAGUGAUGUUCGCACUUACUGGGAUGGAGUUUUCCUACUCUCAGGCUCCUAUAAACAUGAAAGCUGUGCUUCAGUCUGGCUGGCUCCUGACUGAGGCUUUCGGGAACAUCAUUGUGGUUAUCGUGGCCAAGUCUGCGUUCUUGGAGCAGUGGGAAGAGUUUGUGCUCUUUGCCUGCCUGCUGCUUGCGGUCUGCAUCAUAUUCUCCAUCAUGGCUUACCACUACACCUAUGUGGACUCCGGAGAGUUGGCCAAGCCGGCCAAGGAUGCAGAAGAGGAGAUCGCUCUGUCACCACCGUACCCAGACGAAUCCCUCAAGUCAAGUCAAUGGGAAGAGUUUGUACUCUUUGCCAGCCUCCUGGAUGAUGCCAAGACGAUUCUUAUAUUAAAAUGA